UGUCGAAAUCAAUUUGUUUUUGUUUACCUUCGAAGUGCGAAAAAGUUUUUGGUUUCGCGCUGCAAAAAUGCAAUAAUUUUGGUGAAAUAGCUGUGCAAUUUAGCUAGAAAUGUAUUAAAAUUAGUAGUGAGAUUAUUAUUUACAAAAUUACUAGUGUAAAUCUUGAAAUUGUUCGUAAUUACGCUAAAUUAAGAUGACGCUGGAUUCUUACGACAAGUUGCUUGGAACCGUCCUGCAGGAGUACAAAAUUUUAAGCGAAUACAAACGAUUGCAAAACGAAGAUUUGGGUGGAUUGUACGUGAUUCCCUCGUUUGAAAAUAGUUUUCUUUGGUUCGGAGUGAUAUUCGUUCGCAGCGGUCCCUACAAGGAUGGCGUUUUCCGCUUCACGGUGUCGCUGCCGGACAAGUUCCCGAACGAUGCCACCGUUCCGAACGUCGUGUUCCAAAGCGAAACCUUCCACCCCCUGAUCGAUCCGUACAACGGCACGCUGGAGCUGGCCGAAGCCUUCCCGAAGUGGAAAUCGGGCGAAAACCACGUCUGGCAGCUGCUCAAAUUCAUCCAGUACAUUUUCGCCAGCUUCGACGAGUACAUGUCCCUGGCCGAGCAGAGCGCCAACAAUGUGGCCUACGAGCUGUACGGCCAGAACCGGCCGGAAUUUCUCCGCAAAGUGGAAGAAUGCGUACGGCUCGGCCAGAGUCGGCUGUACGAUCCGGCUCCGGUACAGGACCGCAACUACAUCGUGUUCGAUCGGUUCGAUAGGGAAACCCAUGGUCCGGUACUGGAGUCGCUGAAGCAGGGCAAAGCCAACGAGGUCACCACUCCGCCCUCUUCCGGUCUUUCGUGGGUCAAAGAAGGGGUGUUUCAACCGCUGAGCAAACAAGGUUGAUUGGUUCUUGGGUAAUCCUGUACUGAGGAAGUUCAAAAGUUUUUGUUGUCGUCGAGGAUGAUGGUUAUUUGACUAUUUAUUUAUUGAGAUGUAACUAGGAUGAACAAGAAUGGCAAUAAUAUUCGCUAAUUAUACGUAUUAGAUUGAACUAGAUACAAC